GAGAGCUGAAGGACGCCUCAACGGUGCUUCUGGCUGGAGUCCACAGCGGUCUUCACCCCACGUGCAGCACCCCCUUCCCACUCUUGGGACGUCUGAACCGAAGGCUGAAAUUCCUCAAGGCACUUAGGCAGAAGUGACCCCUGUGACUGCCCAAGACCAACCUGUUGGGUUUGGAGAAAGAAGAAAAAAAGAAAAGAAAAACUCACGCAAAGUCCUAGCCCUGAAAAUUGUCACCUUAAAGAAGUGGGCCAGAAAAGUGUGAAGCAAUGAAUGGACCGGUGGAUGGCUUGUGUGACCGUACUGUAUGUGAGGAGGGAGCCUUCAUGUUCACAUCAGAAUCUGUGGGAGAGGGACAUCCGGAUAAGAUCUGCGACCAGAUCAGUGACGCAGUGCUGGAUGCCCACCUCAAGCAAGACCCCAAUGCCAAGGUGGCCUGUGAGACCGUGUGCAAGACAGGCAUGGUGCUUCUGUGCGGGGAGAUCACCUCAGUGGCCAUGGUGGACUACCAGCGCGUGGUGAGGGACGCCAUCAAGCACAUUGGCUACGACGACUCUGCCAAGGGCUUCGACUUCAAGACCUGCAAUGUGCUAGUGGCUUUGGAGCAGCAGUCACCAGAUAUUGCCCAGUGUGUCCAUCUAGACAGAAAUGAGGAGGACGUUGGCGCGGGAGAUCAGGGUUUGAUGUUUGGCUACGCUACGGAUGAGACAGAGGAGUGCAUGCCCCUCACCAUCGUCCUCGCGCACAAGCUCAACUCCCGGAUGGCAGAAUUGAGGCGCUCCGGUGUCCUGCCCUGGCUGAGACCUGACUCUAAAACUCAGGUGACGGUCCAGUACACGCAGGACAACGGCGCGGUCAUCCCUGUGCGCAUCCACACCAUCGUCAUCUCUGUGCAGCACAACGAGGACAUAAGCCUGGAAGCCAUGCGCGAGGCCCUGAAGGAGCGAGUGAUCAAGGCCGUGGUGCCCGCCAAGUACCUGGACGAAGACACCAUCUACCACCUGCAGCCCAGCGGGCGGUUCGUCAUCGGAGGGCCCCAGGGGGAUGCUGGCGUCACAGGUCGCAAGAUUAUUGUGGACACUUAUGGAGGCUGGGGAGCCCAUGGCGGUGGAGCCUUCUCUGGGAAGGAUUACACGAAGGUGGACCGUUCAGCAGCCUAUGCUGCUCGCUGGGUGGCCAAGUCCUUGGUGAAGGCGGGGCUCUGCCGGAGAGUUCUUGUCCAGGUGUCCUACGCCAUCGGUGUGGCGGAGCCACUGUCCAUCUCGAUCUUCACCUACGGGACCUCCAAGAAGACAGAGCGGGAGCUGCUAGAUGUGGUGAAUAAGAACUUCGACCUCCGGCCUGGCGUCAUUGUCAGGGACUUGGACUUGAAGAAGCCCAUCUACCAGAAGACGGCAUGCUACGGCCAUUUCGGGAGAAGCGAGUUUCCGUGGGAGGUUCCCAAGAAGCUCGUGUUCUAGAGCUGGUGGGAGCUGGGCCUGACCCUGUGCCGGGUGUUCCUCUUGUCUGUAGUGACAACUCCCUAGUGUCCCAGUGCCUCCCGGCAUGCUUUCCCUGCCCCCACCCUUCAGGAAAAGUCCGUCCAAUCUAAUUUCCUCCCCACCCCCAUCCGGCAACUUGUAAUCCUCAUGAAUAGUGUGGGUCAUGGUGGGCGAUGGCUUUCUAGUGCUGGGACUCAGGUCCUUUUGGCAAGGAUAGUCACAAUGUCCCCUGCCUGGCCCUCAGACAAAGGCAGUGUUGAUUUAAUGGAAAAGCUACUCCUGUUGAAGAGCUAAAUAGCCUGCACCCUCCUCGCGAGCAUGUGUCCCACAGACAACUGGUCUCCCCUUCAAAGUCAAGACCUUCUCAAGACCCCUCCCAGACUAAGCAUUGACUCAACUGUUAUCUCCCGAGCACCUGCCGUGUUGAGGGACUGAGCAGGUGACUGGUGUCACAUGUUCUGCAUCCCACCAUGAUGAAGUUGCACCGGUGUCUAUCCUCAUAUACAAGUAGGGAAACCAAGGCACAGAGUGACUGUGGUUUUCACAGGUCCAAUAGUCAGCCUCCUGGUAGUGGACAACCUGCCUGAGACGUCAAGGAGCUCUGACUGUAUCCCACACCCCUCCCCUCCUGUGUCAAACCAGACAUAGACCUGAGCAGUGACAAAAUGGAUUGACAGGAGGUUGUAGGCGCUGUACUGAUGAAGGCCUGGGCCUGGAUUGCUGGGAAUUAGAAGAUUAACCCGAUGAAUAGCUCUUGGUGAUCCCUGGGCAGCGCUCAGCAAAGUCAGGGUGGCUGGGCAUCUUGACCCAUCAGGCUGGGCUGGAGUCUGGAAUUAAGAAACAGUCUCAGGUGGGGCUUGGGAUAUGGGGCCGCUGGAGCCCCGCGUCCUUCAAGGCUUCCUCUUUCCCUGGCCUGCUACUGUCCAAUACUUGCAGAGAAGAGGCUGGGUCCCUCGUAGGUCUAGACAUCUAGUGGCCAAUGGCGCCAGUGUCCCAGCAGUGGACAAGCUGCUUGAGAUGCCAUGAGCUUCUGCCAGGUAGCCUUUGGGUGACACACCUGCCCACCAGGGUCCCGGAAGCCACAUGUUCCUAUGCCUUCCCACCAUGGCCAGGACUGCCUACCCUAUGUGUUCCCAGGCUCGGCUUUGCACAAUGAACCGCGUUGUCCCUAGCUCCCAGGGGCCUCCACAGGUGCAGGGGAACACUGGGCUUCUCCUGGCUUCUUUCUGGGGUUCAAGCUGGAGAAGGGCUUGGGCAGGCUCCAUGCAUAGAACCGGCACCCUGUGUCUGUUGCCUUGGGUGUAGCACAAAGACCCUGGCUGUCUCUUGCCACCAGGGUGAGGAAACAGGACCCAGGCUCCCACUAACCAGCAAACCCUGAGGCCCGUGUGGGACCCAGACACUUGCAUGUCUCCACAGGGCUCCUGGCUGCCUGGGAACCCCGAGUUCCUCAGAGCAGAGGGAGGGAUAGGCAUGCAGAUGGCUGAGUUCCUCUAACUUGAGCUGCAUUUUGAAGUGAAAAUCCAAAAUUUUAUAGCUUCCUUAUCCCCUAGGGGAAAACAAGUAGGAUUUUUCUUGUCAACACUGUUAUAGGAAACUAAAACCUUUAUUUGUUGAUG